AUGGAUAAGCCCGAAAAUAUCUAUCAACCCCACUUUACAUGUGAUGAUCUUUUACACGAUGAGAGCAAUUUGCCUGCCUAUGACUCCAGAUCAUGGACUGGUGUACACUGGACCGCCUGGAAACACCUCGGUCAAAAUGAUUCAAUUGAGCACAAAUCUACUCAAACAGAUCCUUGUAUAUGGAAUGAAGAACAAUUAGAAGCGUUGCGCUGUUGUAAAAUCGAAAUGGCAAAAUACAUAGGACAGCUUGAAUCUCUGUGCGCGGAGCAGAGACAAAGAAUAGAUGACCUUGAACGUCGGUGCAUUGCGCACAACGUUGUGAUUUCCAAAUGGUCUCGGCUGAAACCAAUGAAGCAUGAUAAAUUGACAAGUACUGAGGAAUUAGAGUUUGAAAUGAAACAGAAGCUAGUUGGAAGUCAAGCCGAACGAGACGCUUUGAGAAAGGAACUUAAGGAGUCCGAAAAUCAAUUGAAACUAUGUGAAUCAAAAAAUCUCAAACUACGAUUCGAAGUGGAUGAACUGCAUAGAACUGUGGCCGAUCUUAAGGAUAAUUUUAGCGAGAAAGAACGGAUUCUCAUUGCUGUUCUUUCCUGCACUCGAAGACAAUUACAAAUGAAAGAGAUCAGCUACCGCGAAACUUACAAACUGGUGAAACAACUCGGACAACACCUACAUCAGUCUUCGCUUUCUGGUUCGAAGAUGUUUAGUAAUUUCUCAGAGACCGUGAAGCGUCAUGAUAUCAACGACUCAUUGUAUUUCACCGUUCCUCAGUCAAACUGA